AUGUCGAAUGUUUUGCAUGCCUUGAAGGCGAAUCAUGAUGAAUGCGACCGUCAUUGCCAGGAUCUAGAAGAUGAGGUCCAGGCGUUGAAGCGGGAACGAUCGCGUCUUAGGCAGCAAAGUUCUGUUCAGGACCUCAUUAGAUCCAUUAGACAGCGACAAGUAACGCUUCAGCGUGACCUCAUGAACAGUCGACAAUUGGAGGCCGAAAACGCCAUGCAGAGGCGUUUGCUCUCGAAACUCUCCAGUGAACGUGACGCCCUUGUCAGCGUGGUAAGGUUAAAAGCGGAAAUGCAUUGCUUUGGCUGGACUAAAUAUUGA